AUGGGGCAUGUUGCGUUGGGUGCCUCCUAUAAAACGCUCUUGGGGGUGGAAGUGAAGGAACUUUUACCCCCCGCCCCCCGCCGCGCACAACAACCACCCCGAGGAAGGGUCUACGGAGGAGACGGUUCCGCGUUCCCAACCCCCGCCCCCCGAGAGCUGGCCGAGGUGCUGAAGCGAUCCGCGGCGCAGGCGAACCUUCGGGGGCUGCGCUGGUCUCGGGGGAAACGGGUCGCCGCCCCCCCGGCCCCCAGGAAGGGCAGACCCCUGGCCAGCUCCUGCCCGACCCCACUGCCGCCCCCUUUCCCCGAAGUCGCCUCCAGCGGGCUCCCUCCACAUGCCCGCCCCGCUGGGGGAGCCCCGGGGAUGGGGAAGAGGAGAGCCCGUCGCCAAAGCCCGGGGGUGACCGGCCGCCCUCGGGGCAGCAGAGAGCCCUACCUUCUGGUCGGCCGGAGUCCUCCCUCUGCCGCCGCUGCGCUCCGCCGUCGACGGCCCUCUGGAGACGCCUGCCUAGGCGCCCUCCGCCCCGGCCCCGUCCACGGAUGGGGGGCGCCCCUUUCCCCCAGCCCCGUCCGGCUGCUCCCGCGCCCGCCCCGCUCCGCCCGCCCCGCCUGCCUCCGCCGCUGCCUUGGCUCGGGCUCCGGCUCGCAAGAGCACCGAGCGGAGCCCCUGGCUCAGGCUCCAAAAGGCGGCGCCCCCCGCCCCCUUGACGCCUCCUUCCUCCGAAGGGAUCCUGCGCCACAGAACUGCGCCCCUCCCCUCCCGGGGUCGGGCACCGGCCACCCCCUCUGCUCCCGUCGGGGGCGUAACGGGAUUCUCCAGUCUGUCGGCAGAACGCCCCUUGGCCCCCCCCCCCCCCCACCCCACCCCCGGGAAGCCAGGCGGCACCGGCACUUCCAAGGAGGCCAGGCAGGCAGGCAGCUGGUGCCGCCCGCCGUGGAAGCCGUUCCUCAGCCGGGGACCCCGGAGGGGAGCCCGGUCCCGUCCGCCUUGACUGACUCGAAGGCCGCUGCCCCUUCCCCACUCCCACCCCCGGGCCGUGCCCUGCGCCUCUCCCAGCCGCCGGUGGUGGGCGAAGGGUUGCUUGCCGCGCCCCCGGAUGGCUUGCGGUGUGUGUGUGUGGGGGGGGUGUCUCUGGGGAGCCAGCCAGCGUUCGGCCGCGGACAGGAGGGGCGCCCCGAGGCCUGCCAGCUGCACGGAGCCCUGGCCUGGAGCCAAGGAAGGCCCUCUCGCCGGAGCGCAAGGUCUGCUGCUCGGCCAGGCCCCGGCCUCAGGGAAGGUAAGGGUGCGUGGCACCUGCCGCACCCUCUCUGGCCUGGCCGGGCACGGAGGGCCGUGAGGAAGCCCAGGCCCGGCCGGCAGAGGACGGACGCCCCCCCCCCACCCAAGGGCGGCUCCUACUCCCAAGCGACGGACGCUCCGGGCCCCCGGGCUGCCUGA